GCCCCAGCGAGGCAGGCUGAGGUUUGCCUGUGGAGCAGCAGCACCUGCAGCUCCCAGUGCAGAUCCGGAGCAGCUGCCCCGCACAGGUACGGACCCAGCAGGGCAGAGAUGCUCCGAGAGCCACGCCGAGCCCCUCAGUGCUCCUGAGGGGGCUUCUCUCCACAGCUUUUCCCUUCUGGUUUUGCAAGACCUGACUCUUUUUUUUUUUUUUUUUUUAUUAUUUUUUUACCCUCUCCUUUCUUGAGCAACUGGUUGUUGUUGCAGAGGUCACUGAGGGGACUGGUGGAGGCUCCUGACUCUGGCAUUGGGAAAUAUGACAGCAGAAGUGAAUGCUCGUUAAUAUAAGGGAUUUACUGAAGAAGAAAGACAAAAUGCCUUUCAAAGGGCUUGGUUCACUGAAAGAAAGAUUUUUUAACCCAGGAAAGGAAGAGGUGAAGAACACCAUUAGUGACUCGCUGGGGAAUCUGAGAAGGAAGAUCGAUGGCACCACGGUGGAGGAGGAGCCCCUGGAGCUGACGGCGGAGGGGCGGCCUGUGGCGGCGAGCAGCCGGCGGCCUGUGCUGUGCGAGUGCCACUGCUGCGGCCUGCCCAAGCGCUACAUCAUCGCCAUCAUGAGCGGCCUGGGCUUCUGCAUCUCCUUCGGCAUCCGCUGCAACCUCGGCGUGGCCAUCGUGGAGAUGGUCAACAACAACACCGUCUACGUCGAUGGGAAACCAGAGCUGCGGUCAGCCCAAUUCAACUGGGAUCCAGAGACCGUAGGACUCAUUCAUGGCUCUUUUUUCUGGGGUUACAUUGUGACACAAAUUCCAGGAGGGUUCAUCUCAAACAAGUUGGCUGCUAACAGGGUAUUUGGGGCAGCUAUCUUUCUAACAUCUACACUGAACAUGAUCAUCCCUUCUGCAGCAAGAGUGCAUUAUGGCUGUGUGAUGUUUGUAAGGAUUCUUCAAGGUUUGGUGGAGGGCGUCACGUACCCAGCCUGCCAUGGGAUGUGGAGUAAGUGGGCCCCGCCGCUGGAGAGAAGCAGGUUGGCUACCACUUCAUUCUGUGGGUCCUACGCAGGUGCGGUCGUGGCCAUGCCCCUGGCAGGGGUGCUGGUGCAGUACAUAGGAUGGUCAUCAGUCUUUUAUAUUUAUGGAAUGUUCGGGAUUGUUUGGUACGUGUUUUGGCUGCUUCACGCCUAUGAGAGCCCUGCUGCACAUCCAACAAUAACCACUGAAGAAAGGAUAUAUAUAGAAACAAGUAUAGGAGAAGGGGCCAGCCUAGCUAAUGCAAGUAAAUUUAGUACUCCCUGGAAGAGAUUUUUCACUUCAAUGCCAGUUUACGCAAUCAUUGUGGCAAACUUCUGCAGAAGCUGGACCUUCUAUUUGCUCCUUAUAAGUCAGCCUGCUUACUUUGAAGAAGUCUUUGGAUUUGCAAUUAGCAAGGUUGGCCUUUUGUCAGCAGUUCCUCACAUGGUCAUGACAAUCAUUGUGCCCAUCGGAGGGCAGCUGGCUGACUUCUUACGGAGCAGGAAGAUCUUAACCACUACCACUGUAAGGAAGGUCAUGAACUGUGGAGGCUUUGGGAUGGAAGCAACCUUGCUUUUGGUGGUUGGUUAUUCUCACACAAAAGGUGUGGCUAUUUCCUUUCUCGUCUUAGCAGUAGGCUUCAGCGGCUUUGCAAUUUCAGGCUUCAAUGUGAAUCACUUGGACAUAGCCCCUCGUUAUGCCAGCAUUCUGAUGGGCAUCUCCAACGGCGUGGGGACACUGUCGGGAAUGGUGUGCCCACUCAUUGUUGGUGCAAUGACAAAACACAAGACCCGUGAAGAAUGGCAGAAUGUCUUUCUGAUUGCAGCCCUGGUGCAUUACAGUGGUGUGAUAUUCUACGCUAUCUUUGCUUCUGGGGAGAAGCAGGAAUGGGCUGACCCCGAAAACCUCAGUGAAGAGAAAUGUGGCAUAAUUGAUCAGGAUGAACUGGCUGAAGAAACAGAGAUGAACAAUGAAACUUUUGUAAGUCCCAAGAAAACCUAUGGUGCUACCAGUCAAAAUAGUGAAGUACAGAGAAGGGAAUGGAGGAAGCAAAAGCAACUAACUCAAGACAUGGAGGAACAGACUUCUUACCAUUAUGAAAAUGGAAAUUUUCAAGAUUUAUCUUAAUACUUGAAACUGUAAGAUUUGUAUAGCUACUCCCAUGACUCCUAGCUGCCCCAAAUCAACAUGUAUCCAUAUUUAUUGUCUUACUCAAUUAUAUAAUGUCUGGCCACAUGGCUAGAUUUGAGGGGUGAUACUUCCCUCCCCAUGAUGUGUAAGAAGGUUAACAAAAAUGGGACUGGGAUAAGUGAUCCUAAAUCCUCUCCGACCCUGCAUGGGUCAGGCAGCAUGACCUUUGGAGACCAGCCCUGGCAGGGCUCCUGUCUGAUGCAAGCUGUAGAACUGGCUGUAGGAGCAAGGAGCUCCCUCAUCAUCUCACCUGAACAGAGAAAGGACAAGUGAUAUCAGAUGGUUGAUCCACAGUGAUCUGUGUAAUCCCUGAGUCUACAGGUCACAGUCUGUAUGUAUUAGCUCAUGGUAAUAGAUCAGAGCAGAGAGAAAAGCAGAUUUACGACAGUAGGCUGUAAUUAAUUACCAAUAGUCACUCAGCAAGGGGAAGGAGAACAUGUGGCAGAUGUGGCACAGGACUGCUUCAACAGUUCCUACAAAUUGAUUGGCAGAUACCUUUAUAUGCACACUCCACAGAGUGACAAGACAAUAAAAUGGAUACUUGUAAAAUUUCUCUCCCUCCAAAGAUUUUGUGCUGGUAUGAAAUAAUUUUGAAUACAAAAUCAUUCUUAGUGAUGUGAUAUUAAUAAUCCUUAUGGAAGGAAAUCUUAGCCCUGUUUUGAUUAGGAUUCUCACUCAAUUCAUUAUUGUGAAGUAAUUUGAAUAUAUUUUUCUAGUAUUAUACUGGUAGAAAUCCUGGUCUCAACAACAGUCCUUGUUUAGGUGAAUGAGCUUACUUACAGGACUAAAGUCUUUAGUUCUGGAUCUGUAAUUUCAAUGCCUCAGUCUUGCUCUUGCUAUGAAUGAAGCACUGUAUCAUUUGAGAAUUAAUGGAGUAACUAUGUAUAAAAGUAAUUAUCCUCUGCCCAUUGGUAUAUUUGACAGUAUAAAGAGGCUUUAGCCUUUUUCUACCAUUUUUAGAAUCAAACAGUGGAGCAUGCCGUAUCAUCUCAAACAGUUAGCUGCAACUCAGAGACUCAUUGUGGCAUUAAUACUCUUUUCAGAAUGGAUAAUUUCAGUAAGCUGUGAUUUAAUUUGUCUCUCAUUGUAACUACUGCCUCAUUAAAUUCAAAUGAAAGUUAUUGUGUCUACCCAACUUUGUGCUUUGUGGUAUUUCAGUAUUAUUGUUCUCAUGUCCCAUAUACAGUCCCUGUGAUGCACUCGAGAUUUGAACAUUUCUCAGACGCAUUUUGCUAUUUUAUUGAAGUGCAAUUGAAUAGUAUGAGCGUGAUUAUACCUGUACAUUCAUUUGAAUCCAUGGAUGAUUUAUCUUCCCUACACACAGGUAUAUUGGGAAGUUAGCUAAUUCUCUGUUCAUGUCUUGUUUCUCUUCUACUCAGCAAAAUCCAAUCUGCAACUGUAUAUGAGUAAGAAGGAAAGUGAGUUGAAUGGAUGCAUGCCUAAUUUGACUACAGUGAAGACUUUUGAAUUGAUAUGAGCAAAUAAUUUUGUGAAAGGAGUAGUUUUAUGUACAGCUCAAUCCUGCUUUAAAAAAUCAGUUUAUGAAUAAGCCAUUAAAAAAAAAUCUUGUCACUUUAUUCUGUUUAGUCAGAAAAUAGUAUAUUUUUUUAAAUUCAAAACUUCAUUUUAGACUAGAGUUGCUUAUUUCACUGCUGAUAUUUAGAGCAGGUAUAAGAAAAUAUAUUGUUUCUGUCAAGUGAUAGUCAGCUUUUGGGGAUUUAGUUGGCAGGACCUUGAGUCAAAUGUUUUCAUCAAUCCAUCACAAUAGCAGGACCAGCUGCUGUAAAACUAUUUUGCAACAUCCACCACAAUUUACAAAAGAAAGAGGGCCAUCGCUUUGCAUAUGUGCAAAGCAAACAGCUUCUUCCUCCUCUCCAAUAAUGUAGCAUUCAUGAAGUUGCUCCAUGAAGUCUAAUAGGGGAAACCAUAUUAUGAAAGGAUUUAAUAUAAGAAUCUGUGUGAGUAUAAUCUGAUGGAGAAAAGCGAAGACCAGACAACGUAUUAUUCUAGAAACAGUAACAUUUGCUUAGAAGCAGCAUCAUUUUUCCAGUAAUGUUGAAGGGUAACUUUCCUGUCAUUAAGAGGAGUACAAAGGGAGUGAAUGUUGUUGUUAUGACAAAGAACUACAAACAUCCAACAGUUUGGGAAAUGGCCAACUGGCCCAUGAGAGCUCAGUUGCCUCUCUGGUGAGUGUAACUGCUAUUUUUUCCUUUUGCAGAUACACCACAGCUGUCACAAGUGACAAGCCACAGCUCAGUUUAGCAGUAUCCACAAACAGAUUUCACUGAUUUAGUUCAGUGGAGGUUUGACUUCACUGGUGUCCCAGGGUUACAUUUCAGCACUAUUUAAUGCAUUUAAAGAAAUGCCUUAAAACAUCUGGACAAGCUUUUGCAUUUUUCUUUUCUAAAUUUAACUGUUUUCACUAACCCAACAUAUCAACUCUUGCCAGUUGACGUUACAUACGUGCCACAGUGCUUUUCCAGGCACUCUGAAAUGAGUGAGUGAGUGGGUGAGAGAGAUGUUUGGGCUUUCUCCCUUUCCUUUUCAUUUGUUUAAAUAUUUAAGGUGCAUUGCAUGAAGUGCAAACAUCAGCACUGCUUGGAAACAAGGCUUUUUUCCUGGAAAUCUCUGUACUUAAUCAACCCUUUGAUUUACACAGUGGCUUCCACAAUCCUGUAUGACAAAGAAUAAAGACAAUCUGUUGAGAACAAA